AUGCUAAGCUCAACAUGCACCGCUGCCGUUCGUGGACUUUCCACUUCUGCAACUCUGUCGAAAAUCAAUAAUGUCACCGUUAUUGGAGCCGGCUUGAUGGGUUCCGGAAUCGCUCAGGUCUCGGCUAAUGCAAAACUGAAUGUUACGGUUGUUGAUAACAAUCAGGAAGCUUUGAAUAAGGCUCACAAAAGCAUUGAAGUGAGUUUGAAAAGAGUGGCGAAGAAGAAGUUUGCUGAAGACGUCAACGCGCAAGAUGAACUUGUUUCUUCUGUACUCUCACGUAUUCAACUCUCGACGGAUGUGAAAGCAGGAGUGAAAGAUGCCGAUUUGGUUAUCGAGGCUAUCGUUGAGAACAUUGAUGUGAAACGAAAACUAUUUGCCGACGUUGAGGCUGCCGCCAAACCUUCUGCCUUAAUCACAACCAACACUUCCUCGCUAAGAUUGGAAGAUAUUGGAUUGAAUCUGAAGGAUAAGACAAGAUUUGGCGGACUUCACUUCUUCAACCCAGUUCCGGUGAUGAAGCUUCUUGAGGUGAUCCGUCACAAGGAAACAUCUGAUGCCACUUUCAACGAGCUUGUCAAUUAUGGAAAAGCUGUCGGAAAGGUCACUGUUGCGUGCAAAGACACCCCAGGAUUCAUCGUUAACCGUCUCUUGGUUCCAUAUAUGUUUGAAGCUCUCCGCCUUUAUGAGCGAGGAGAUGCUUCGAUGAGUGACAUUGAUGUUGCGAUGAAACUCGGAGCUGGAUACCCAAUGGGACCGUUCGAAUUAGGCGAUUAUGUCGGUCUUGACACUUGCAAGUUCAUCAUGGAUGGAUGGCACAAACAGUAUCCGGAUGAGCCCGCCUUCAAGCCGAGCCCAACUAUUAACAAACUGGUCAGCGAAGGCAAGAACGGUCGCAAAUCCGGCGAAGGAUUCUACAAGUACUAA